GAGGUUUCGAGUGUGGGUCUGGGGCCGCGACGAGGCGUUCCCGGUCCCCACACCCCUCUGUGAAAGUUCCUCAGAAUUUCACAGUCGUUGUCAUCGUCUUCCCUAUUUCGCUGUCAUUGUAAAAUUUUUCGCUUGGAGAACUCUCGUGCCAAGAGGGAAUAGAUAUCUAACAUCAUGGCAGGAGUCAACCCCUAUAACAAAUUUCUGAAAGAAAUUGAGGUUGGUGGCAAAACAUACAAGUUCUAUGAUCUGCCAGCUAUUGGUGCUGACUUUGACAAACUACCAUUUUCCAUUAGAGUUUUGCUUGAAUCUGCUGUCCGAAACUGUGAUAAUUUUCAAGUGAAAGAAGAUGAUGUCAAGAAAAUCUUUGCCUGGAGCAAACUUCAACAUGAAGAUGCAGAAGUUGCCUUUAAACCUGCUAGAGUCAUUCUUCAGGAUUUCACUGGAGUACCUGCUGUUGUGGACUUUGCAGCCAUGCGUGAUGCUGUCAAGCAGCUGGGUGGUGAUCCAAAUAAAAUCAAUCCUAUUUGUCCUUCAGAUCUGGUUAUUGACCACUCUGUUCAAGCAGACUUCACUCGCACGAAAGAUGCAGCAGAAAAAAACCAAGAGCUUGAGUUUGAAAGGAAUCAAGAACGUUUUAUGUUCCUGAAAUGGGGUGCCAAAGCCUUCCAGAAUAUGCUGAUAGUUCCACCUGGCUCUGGUAUUGUUCAUCAAGUUAACCUUGAAUAUUUAGCAAGAGUAGUCUUUAGUGAUCAAGGCAUUUUGUAUCCUGACUCUGUGGUUGGUACUGACUCCCACACCACUAUGAUCAAUGGUUUGGGAGUUGUUGGUUGGGGUGUCGGAGGCAUUGAAGCAGAAGCAGUUAUGUUGGGGCAGGCUAUUACUAUGCUGCUGCCUAAAGUUGUUGGUUACAAAAUUACUGGAAAACUGAAUCAAUAUGUUACGUCAACUGACUUGGUGCUGACCAUCACAAAGCAUCUAAGACAGUUGGGUGUUGUUGGAAAAUUUGUUGAAUUCUUUGGUCCUGGUGUGGCUGAACUUUCAAUUGCUGAUAGAGCUACUAUCAGUAACAUGUGUCCUGAGUAUGGAGCCACCGUUGGAUUUUUCCCUGUUGAUAAUAAGGCUCUGGAUUAUCUUCGUCAGACAAACCGACCAGCAGAGAAAAUUAAGGCUAUGGAAAUGUACUUGAAAACUGUGAGUUUGUUCCGUGACUUCAAAAAUGCUAGCCAAGAUCCUAUCUUUUCCGAGAUUGUUGAGCUCGAUCUCUCUACUGUUGUGUCAUCCAUCAGUGGCCCCAAACGCCCACAUGAUCGAGUUUCUGUGACAGAUAUGUUGGAAGACUUCAAAAGCUGUCUUGUGAACAAAAAUAACUUGGUUUGCUGUGGAGUCCUCUCUGGAAAUAGAAACUUUGAAGGCCGCAUUCACCCAAGUACCAGAGCCAACUACCUUGCCUCACCUAUGCUUGUUAUAGCCUAUGCAAUUGCUGGCCGUGUUGACAUUGAUUUUGAAAAAGAACCUCUCGGCCAUGCUGAUGGGAAACCUGUUUUCUUGAACGACAUUUGGCCUACUCGUUCAGACAUCCAGGCAGUUGAGUCCAAAUAUGUUAUUCCAGCCAUGUUCCAAGAGGUUUAUGCGCGAAUUGAAACUGGAAGUCAAUCCUGGCAGAAACUUUCUGCCCCAGAAAGUACACUUUACCCAUGGGAGGACAGUUCAACUUACAUUAAGAGACCUCCUUUCUUUGAUGGAAUGACUAAG